AUGACCGAGAAACCAACUCCGCGAAACGAGGGGAUUUCUCAGCCUCCCAAUCAGGCUUCUGGCCAGGAUUUGGAAAAUGCAAUGACUCUGGAUCUUCUGGGAGUGAGUGUAUACAACUUGCAACAUGACUUUCUGGAGCUAGUAUCAGCAUCCAAAGAUGCUACAUCCGGAAAGGCUCUUUCGAAAUCCUCCAAAAUUUAUGAGAUUGAAAAUCUACAGGGCCCUGCCGGUGUUAUCCGAAAAAUGGGAGCCGAUGUCAUCUGUCCCAUGGAUAAAAAGAUGGGCGCUGCCUACGUCCACAGCCUGCACGGCGAGGAUCAUGUGGGAGAAGCAACUCAUAUGCUCAGUUAUUCGUGGAGCUACAGCCUUGGUGAUAUCAUGGAUACUCUUUCUGACUUCUGCGAGCACAAGGGACUCAAUCCAAAGAGGACCUAUAUUUGGAUAUGCUGCCUGUGUGUCAAUCAACAUAGGGUGGUGGAAAAUUCUGCAUUGAAAAACUCAGGUAUGACAGCUCCUCCCCAGGUUGAUUUCUUUGCCAUCUUUGGAGAAAGGGUCAAGAGGAUUGGGCAUGUGUUGGCGAUGAUGGCUCCGUGGCAUUCCCCUGUGUACAUCACUCGAGUCUGGUGCAUCUUCGAGAUAUUCACUGCUCACACCACAGAUAAAUGCAAAGUAGACAUUGUCAUGCCCCCAAAAGAGAAGGAUUCUUUGGAGCAGGAUGUGAUUGAUACGGGCAGUGGUGUCAAUGCACUUUAUGCAACCUUGGGAAGCACCAAGGUCCAGGACGCCAAGGCAUCUGUGGAAAGUGACAGGCUGUCCAUUCUGAGCCAAGUGGAAUCUGACGUAGGAUAUUAUGAGCUGAACAACCAAGUGAACAUAUUGCUUCGUGGAUGGAUGCAUAGGACCCUGACUCAGCUGGUGGAGAGUAGAGAGAUUACCAUCGAUGAGGAAUAUGUGGACUUUUGCAACCAAGUUGGUGUUAUUGUUGAAAAGAACGGAGAACCUGAGUUAGCUAUGAAACUCCAUCAAGCUGCUCUGCACAUUUGUAACUUUGCAUUCAGUGAAAAUCACAAGAGCACAGCAACCACCUAUGGCUGCAUUGGAGUUGUACAGUUUGCGGUAGGUGAUUAUGACACAGCUUUGGAAAUGCUUCAGACAGCUCUUGACAUUAGAUUUUCAGUGGUGGGCAAGAAUCAUCCUGACACGGCCCAAUCUUUCAAUGACAUUGGAGUUGUGCUUGAGGCCAUGGGUGACCAUGAAGGUGCUCUGUCAAAAUUCACAGAAGCUCACAGCAUUAGAUUGUCAUUGCUGGGCAAAAAUCACCCCGAUGCAGCUGAAUCUUGCAGCAAUAUUGGCUCUGUUCUGGAUGUGAUGGGUGACUAUGAAGGAGCCUUUUCAAAGUUCAAGGAGGCUCUUGCCGUUGAAGAGUCAGUAUUGGGCAAGAAUCAUCCUGAUGUGGCACAUACACACCACAACAUUGGUUCGGUUCUGUCUAAGAUGGGAGAUUCCGAGGGUGCAUUGGCAAAGUACAGGGAAUCCCUUGCCAUUAGGUUGUCUGUAUUGGGGAAGAAGCAUCCUGCUGUGGCAGCAACCUACAGAAAUAUGGGCGGUGUGCUCCAGCAAAUUGGUGACUAUGACGGAGCCCUGUCGAAGUACAAGGAAGCACUUGUCAUUCAAGAGUCAGUGUUGGGUACGGAUCAUCCGGAUACACAAACGUCCCUAGAUUUGAUCGAAAUUGCCAACACAGAACUGGAGAAGCAAUCGACGUAG